AUGACAUCCAUUCAACCCAAUUCCGUUGAUCCCAAUCAACGACGUGUAUCUUUUCCUGAUGCAAUCGCAAUUACAACCACAACAGAUCCUUCCAAUGGGCCCAUGACAUCUUCUCCACCCUCUUCACCUUCUUUGCCAACGUACGACCCACCCGUCAUCGGUGAGAAUCGAUCGUCAACUCCUAAUGGAGGUACAAGAAGGAGAACAGCAAACGUCAAUGGAAAUGGAAACGCAAGAUCAGUAACUUUAGAUACCGAACCCCAUGUUACGAGAAGACAGACCACAGAAUCAAUGAGAAGUUCAAGAAGGAAUGCUUCUUUCGAUCCAAAUGCUUCUUUAGUAAGAAGAGUUACAACUGUACUCUUUACUCCUCCUAAGAAAGUUGGUAAAGCUCCUACUUAUAUGGGAAGUCUGAAAGCUGCCAUCAUGAGUACUUGGUUGAACGUCCUGCUUGUGUUCAUCCCUAUUGGAUGGGCAUUGUAUUUGGCCAAACAUAGCGGUGGCAAAGAAAGCAUCACUGAUACAGCAGUGUUCAUUACUACUUUCAUAUCGAUCAUUCCAUUGGCUGGUUUAUUAGGUUUCGCUACUGAGGAAGCUGCUCUGAGAUUAGGACAAACACUCGGUGGUCUUCUCAACGCUACUUUGGGUAAUGCAGUCGAGUUGAUUGUUGCUAUUCUCGCUUUAAUCAAGUGCGAGUUGCAAGUUGUCCAGUCCUCUUUGGUCGGUUCGAUUUUGAGUAAUAUCUUGCUUGUUUUGGGAAUGUGUUUCUUCGCUGGUGGCUUCAGAUACGCCGAACAAAGCAUCAAAUCCACUGCAGCCCAGCUCAAUGCGUCGUUACUUCUUAUCGCAGUUAUUGCCGUUCUCAUUCCCUCCGCCUUCCAUUUCUCAAUCAGCUCUAGUACUUCAAACACUAAUGCAGAUCAACUCGCUUCAGGUGAAGGUGCUGAUUUGCUAUCUAUGAGUCACGCCGUUGCCAUCUUACUCCUGGUUUUGUAUUUGGGUUAUUUGGUGUUCCAAAUGUACACUCAUGCUGCAUUAUACGUUGACGAUGAGGUAACUGGAUCCACUCAAUAUCCCGAAGCCAUCACCAAUAUGUCUGAGAAGUUCAAGUUCCGAAACAUCAACUUGCAUCGACACAAGAAAACAGAUGAAGAAGAAGCUACCACCACCGCGUCCGAUUCUACAUCUACCUCUGCACCAGGAGUAGCCAACGCUGGUGGAAACAUACCCGCCGUCCACGGUCCUGGCACCAUCGCUCCCGAGAACUCCACUGUACAAAGACAGCAAGCACACGAGGAAGAAGAGGAGGACGAAGAGACUCCUCAAAUGAAUGUCAUCUCUACUAUCGUAUUAAUGGUUCUCAUCACUGUUAUCGUCGGUGUUACAGCAGAGUUCUUGGUAGAUUCCAUCAAUGGUUUAGUCACUUCUCAUCCUUCUUUAUCUGCCGAAUGGGUCGGUUUGAUCUUACUUCCUAUUGUCGGUAAUGCUGCGGAACAUUUCACUGCUGUAUCGGUAUCAGUUAAGGACAAACUCGAUUUGUCCAUCUCAGUAGCUGUUGGUUCUUCUAUUCAAAUUGCUUUAUUCGUUAUCCCCGUCAUUCAAUUAUUAGCUUGGUCAAUCGGUAAACCCAUGACGUUGCUAUUCGAUCCAUACGAAUCUAUCGUUCUCUUCUUAUCUGUAUUGAUUGUCAACCAAACUCUUGCUGAUGGUCGAUCCAACUGGAUGGAAGGAUUGGUUCUUAUGAUGUUGUACUUGAUCAUCGCCGUCUCAUUCUGGUACUACCCUGGCUCAAAUACUGCUACUUUAUUGGGAUGUGCCGGAGCUACAUAA